UUACCAUGGAAACGUUGCCGGGCCGAUUAAGAUGGCGGAGCUGAACGAGCAUCACCGCGGAGAGGUUCUCAGUUAUAUGCGAUUCGCUCAGUCCAAGCGACUGCUCCGGCUUAAGAGCGUGGCCUCCUGCUUCCAGGAUGUGCGGGAGAGCCGGCUGGUGGAGGACACGUACACGGCGGAGGAGGUAGCCGAGCUCCUGAGCGGCCUGCAGGCUGUGGUGCAGAGCGAGCUGGAACUGGAGCUCAUCAACUCGGCCCAUACCAAUGUGCUUCUCUUACAGCAGCUCUUCUCCCAGGCCCAGCACUGGCACCUCCGGCUGCACACCGACAUCUCCGAGCUGGAGAACCGCCAGCUCCUGGAGCAGGUGGCCGAGCUGGAGAAGAGCCAGGAGCUGGGGCCCUCUACUAAGGGCCCCCAGGCCAACAAGCCUAGACUGGUCCCAUUGAGCGAGGGCGGUUCUUCCUCGGACCUUCUCCACAGUCAGAUCACCCGUCUCCAGGAAGAGAACGACAAGCUGCGCUCCCGGCUCCGCACUCUGGAAGGCCAAGCGACCGCCGCCCUGGACGACAAACGCAGCGUCGAGCAAACCCUCAAAGAUCUGAAGAUCCAGUUCCAGGCCAAGCAGAACUCCCAGGCUACACAAGGGGUCAGUCACCUGGAGGACACCGUGACCAACCUCAAGCUGGAGUUCCAGAAGACCCUAGGCGACCACACGAGCAGCCAGAAGAACCUGGAGGAGAACCUGACCACGACCAAACAUGAGCUCCUGAGGGUCAAUGAGCAGCUGACCAUGGCGGAGAAAGAGCUGGAAAAGAAGUUCCAGGAGACCGGCGCCUACCGUAACAUGAAGGACAUCCUGACCCGGAAAAACGAGCAGAUCAAGGACCUCCGCAGGAAGUUGUCAAAGUAUGAAGCGGAAGACUGAGCUGCAGCCGGCCGAGUCCCAUGUUCUUGGUUGACCUGUUCUAUAACUUUGAUAAACCCAAAGAUUUGGCUCCAGCCUGAACCCAUAAUCCGGAUUAUCAGAAUAAAUUACACCAGUUUAGUUUUUCCCCACCAUUAAACUAGUCGUCAUUGACAUUUCUUAACCCAGCUGAACUUCCUGACCACACAGCCAGUCUCAAGGUGGAGUUACAGAAGAUCCUAGGUAGUGAUCUUCGAACCUGUAGCUCUCAGCUGUUGUAAAACUACAACUCCCAUCAUGCCCUGAUAGCCUGCCGCUGGCAAUUCAGCAGCUGGAGAGACACAGGUUUGGAGACCUCAUCCUCAAGCACCUGACCACCAGUAGACGAGAACUCUCCAUCCAUGACCGAAAAGAAGCUGAAGAAUCUCCAAGUGUAGUGAAACAUGAGCAGGACCUGAAGAUUGCUGCCACCACAAAUCCAAGGGGGACAUUUCUUAUGAUAUCAGAGGUGGAUCAUCUUCUCACACUCUGUAUCUCUGAUAUUAGGGGCCCUAUUCUCCAAGCGUGUU